UGACGGACCUGAGCGGAAGUGUGAUGCUGUAGCUCCUGGCAAGGGAACAACAUUUAUUAGCUUGCUGACAGUGUGUAGGAAUCACACACUUUAGUUCUGUGGUGUCUCCCUGCUGCACACAUAAAUUAAUACUGACACACAGAGGAGGAUGUCUGUGACUGUGAGGAAUCCUUUUCAACAUAUAGUUGAGCCUCUGGACCCUGCAGACCCAAUGCAGCAAUUUUACAAUCUUUCCAAACUUGGAGAUCCCAGAUAUGACCGUCUGCCGUUCUCUGUGCGCGUCCUGCUGGAGUCUGCUGUCAGGAACUGUGAUGAGUUUCUGGUGAAGAGCUCAGAUGUGGAAAGCAUCCUUAACUGGAAGCAGACCCAAACUCAAACUGUGGAGGUGCCUUUCAGACCAGCUCGUGUCAUCCUGCAGGACUUCACUGGUGUCCCUGCUGUGGUGGACUUUGCUGCCAUGCGUGAUGCGGUGAUGAAACUCCGUGGUGACCCAGAGAAGAUUAAUCCUGUGUGUCCUGCUGACCUCGUCAUUGAUCACUCCAUCCAAGUGGACUUUAACAGGAAGUCUGACAGCCUUCAGAAAAACCAGGAUUUGGAGUUUGACCGCAACAGAGAGAGAUUUCAGUUCUUAAAGUGGGGCUCCAAAGCCUUCAGGAACAUGCGAAUCAUUCCUCCUGGUUCAGGGAUUGUUCACCAGGUCAACUUGGAGUACCUGGCCAGAGUGGUGUUUAACCAUGAUGGGUACUUCUACCCUGACAGCCUGGUGGGCACUGACUCCCACACCACAAUGAUUGAUGGACUCGGAGUCCUGGGCUGGGGUGUUGGUGGAAUUGAGGCAGAGGCUGUUAUGCUGGGUCAGCCAAUAAGCAUGGUACUGCCUGAGGUGGUGGGAUACAAGCUGUCCGGGAUCCCAGACAAGUUCAUUACCUCCACUGACAUUGUCCUCACUGUUACUAAGCACCUCCGUCAAGUUGGUGUUGUAGGAAAGUUUGUCGAGUUUUUCGGCCCUGGUGUUGCUCAGCUGUCCAUCGCUGACAGAGCCACCAUCUCCAACAUGUGUCCAGAGUAUGGAGCCACAGCAGCUUUCUUCCCCGUGGACGAGGUCAGCAUUCAGUACCUGGAGCAGACAGGGCGAGAAGCAGAGAAGCUGGCCUUCAUUUCAAAGUACCUGAAGGCAGUGGGCAUGUUCAGAGACUACAAUGAUGUCUCUCAGGAUCCAGAUUUCACUCAGGUUGUAGAGCUGGAUCUGAGUACAGUGCUCCCCUGCUGCAGCGGACCCAAAAGACCUCAGGACAGAAUCUUUGUGUCCAACAUGAAAACCGACUUUGAAAACUGCCUGGGAGCAAAGCAAGGUUUCAAGGGUUUCCAGGUGGCUUCUGAGCGUCACAGCACUGUGGUGCCCUUUCAAUUUAAUGGAAAUGAGUAUACGUUAAGCCAUGGCUCAGUGGUCAUCGCCGCUAUCACCAGCUGCACCAACACAAGCAACCCAUCUGUCAUGCUUGGAGCAGGGCUCCUUGCGAAAAAAGCAAUAGAGUGUGGCUUGAGUGUGAAGCCGUACAUAAAGACCAGCCUGUCACCUGGCAGUGGAGUUGUCACCUACUACCUGAAGGAAAGUGGUGUCAUGGACUACCUCUCUCAGCUGGGCUUUGAGGUUGUUGGCUAUGGUUGCAUGACCUGUAUAGGCAACAGUGGGCCUCUCCCAGAGCCCGUGGUGGAGGCCAUAACCCAGGGAGAUCUGGUUGCUGCAGGUGUCCUCUCAGGAAACAGAAACUUUGAAGGAAGAGUCCACCCCAACACCAGAGCUAACUACCUGUCUUCCCCACCACUCGUCAUCGCCUACGCAAUAGCCGGCACUGUAAGGAUAGACUUUGAAAGUGAACCAAUUGCCACGAACUCUGAAGGCAGAGAGAUUUACCUGAGGGAUAUCUGGCCGUCACGGGAAGAGAUCCAGGCUGUGGAGAGAACGUUUGUCAUCCCAUCAAUGUUCAAAGAAGUCUAUGAGAAGAUUGAGAAAGUGAAUGAGCGCUGGAACUCUCUGGUUGCUCCAUCUGACAAACUCUAUACAUGGGACCCCAAUUCAACCUACAUAAAGUCACCACCUUUUUUUGAUGGUUUGACAAUGGACCUGCAGCCACCCAAGUCCAUACAUGAUGCCUACGUGCUGCUGAACUUAGGAGACUCGGUCACCACUGACCACAUUUCUCCUGCAGGGAACAUCGCUAGAAACAGCCCUGCAGCACGCUACCUGACCAACAGAGGUUUGAGUCCCCGUGACUACAACUCAUAUGGCUCACGUCGCGGUAACGACGCUGUCAUGGCAAGAGGAACGUUUGCCAAUAUCCGCCUCUUUAACAAGUUCCUCAACAAGCAGGCACCACAAACCAUUCACAUGCCAACUGGAGAAACGCUGGAUGUGUUUGAUGCUGCAGAGAGAUAUCAGCAGUCCGAGACCCCUCUGCUGGUCCUCGCAGGGAAGGAGUAUGGCUCAGGCAGCUCCAGAGACUGGGCUGCAAAGGGCCCCUUUCUACUGGGUAUAAAGGCAGUUUUGGCAGAGAGCUAUGAGCGGAUCCACCGCAGUAACCUGGUUGGGAUGGGGGUGAUUCCCCUGGAGUAUCUCCCAGGAGACACUGCUGACAGCUUGGGACUGACCGGCCGAGAGCGCUACACCAUCGUCAUCCCCGAGCAGCUCACACCUAGGAUGAUGGUAGAUGUGAAGCUUGACACAGGAAAAACAUUCCAAGUGCGGAUGAGGUUUGACACCGACGUGGAGCUGGCAUAUUUCCACCAUGGAGGAAUCCUCAACUACAUGAUCCGCAAGAUGUCUGAAAACUAACGUGCCAAGUACAGUACAGAGCGAGAGCAACGUGCCAUCCCUGUAACUCUCAGCUACAGUCCAACAUGGCAACACCAUAGUGAGUUCAUGUCAACUGUUGACAGAAGAAUAGCGUCCAAAAGUAAUCCAAUCAUUGUCCAUGUACGGUGGAAAGAGCCUUUUACAGACAGUUAUCACUAUGUUCUCAUUUUUGAGAAUGCUGCUACUUGUUUUAUUUACAUAGCAAAGCUGGGGGGAGUAUAUAUGAGAUGUGGAUAUUUAAUUAAGAUAUGCAAGAUUAGAUGAUGUUAAAGAGUUAGAAAGUAGAGAUGCAUCAAUCGAUCAGCUGGUGACCAGCAUCCGCCAAUUUUCAGCUUGAUCAGUCGUAACUGAUGACCAGCUGGUCAGUCUCAGAUAUAUAGGAUCCUAAUCCAAACAGAUUUACAUGCAUGUGUGACACAUUGUUAAACGUCGCACAUACAGUGGCACAGACACUAACCAACUAUUGUCACAGCUUCUGCCACCCAUUUCCAUUUCCACUUCAUCAAAUACAGGUGCUUCGUCACGCCCCAUCAUUAGUGACUUUUCUGACCUUCUUCUUUGAGUAUUUAUAGAUCUGUUGCUCCUGUUCUCUUUUGGGAAAGUGAAACACAUGAGACAAAGUGGGAUAUACUGCAGAUGGAUUUGAUUCAUACAAAGGUUUGUGCAGUAACCGGAGCACUUUUUAUUUAGAGUCUGAGUGAGAGAGCAUCCUCUAACCUGCUGCAGUUUGGGAGAAAAUGUAAAAGGUAUUUAAUUGUCAGUGUUUUAUUAACGACAUACAGUUAAAUUUUCUAUAAAGAUACAUACCCUCUGCAGUUGUAAAUAAAAGCCCUGCCAAUAUGUGUGAAUUUUAAUUCAUUUAUAUCCUCCAUUAUGAAAAAAUAGCAUUCUUUGGUAGCCUGAUGCUAAUGGCAGUACUCACCGGGUUGUUAAAUUGUCUCUGUUUGUGUUCGUCUGUCUGCAUGAUAUCUCAAGACGGCUCCAGGGAAUCUCUUCAAAUUUGGCACAAAUAUCCACUUGGGCUCAACGAUGAACCGAUUAGAUUUUGGUGGUCAAAGAUCAAGGUCACUGUGACCUUGUCUGCCUCAUUCUCGUGAACACGAUAUCUCAAGAACACCUUGAGGGAAUUUCUUCACAUUUGGCACAAACAUCACUUGAACUGAAUAGAAAACAGAUUAGAAUUUUGUGGCAGAAAGUCAAAGUUCAAGGUCAGUGUGACCUCACAUAACAUGUUUUUGGCCAUAACUUAAUAAUUCAUUUGCAAAUAAUGACAACAGCUUCACACAAAGGUGUAAUGGAAUGAAAUAAUGAAGUGAUGACAUUUUAUAUCCCAAAGGUCAGCUUUCACUAUGACAUAAUGUUCUGCAAAAACAACAGCACUUUUCUGGCCAUUAUUAACCGUCAUAUCUCAGGAACAGAAGGGGAAGUAUUUGGUCAGAUACUAAAUUGGUGACGCUCAUCUUGAAACUGUGCUGGUUGAAUAGAUCUGUGUGUGAAGUAUCCAUGUUUUCACAGACGUGGAUAUAAACUGUAAGAGAAACUUGUGGGUGUAGGCAUACAACUGAAACAUGCCAGACUUUCUGUCGGGAUGUCGUGAGGUGUUCCAAAUGCAGCAUUGAUUGUUGUCUAUGAUGACACACUACAUGAGAUAAAACGAUGGAUUGUCACACACAACACUCAUUGUCGUUCACAAUCUGAGCCAACCCAGUACGACGCCACGUCAGGCUAUAAUUGGGCUGAUAUCCUGUAGUCUAAACCCAGCAUUACAGUUUCAGGAAGAGAUAAAAUAGGUAUCACCCAAAAUCGGAAUCGGAAGGUCAGACUUUAAAAAUUGGAAAUCGGAAACGUCCAAGAAAAUUGGUGCAUCUCUAUGAAAAAAAGGGGGGGGAGGCACUACUUUUGUUUUGAGUUUGAGCUGAGCCAAGGCAAAGGACUACCACUCUACAGUGUGGGUCUUUAUUUUUUUCAGUUUUGAUGACAUUUAACUGCUGCUCUAUAGCUGGGUUUAAAGAUGUGUACCUUGAAGGUACCAACUGGUACGACAGCACAAAGUAGUGAAAAUGUCAGACUGUCAGUGAGUACUACAUACUGAUACUUCAGAGAGUAAUCCUGUCAAUCUCAAGUCAUAAAUUCUGUCCUCCCCAGCA